CUGGAGCUUCGAUCAUAACUCCUGUGGAUGGAUUUACGCCUCCACCACCUCGCGCACCUCUGGAUUUAAUUCAUAGCACGGGGACAUCUUAAAUCUGGUGCCAAUCAAUAGAGACCAUCAAGAAGCAGAGGAGAGUGUCACACCUCCUCCUUUAAUAUCUUUCCGUGCGUGGAGUAGGAGGUGCACGAGUGCACCAACCCGAGAGGAAGAAGGCAUGAGGGGUAAAGAGGUGGGGGGGUGAGCUUGGAGCCCCCUCCAAAAAAGGCGCGCAUUCAUUCAUCACAGCCUGACCGAGGACAGCAUGCCAAACGCGGCACACUCCAGAGGCUUAGCUCGGUCCCAAGUAUCGCAACCCUCUUUUGCACAUGUGUGCACGUAGUUCUCAUUCCUACUCUCCAUGUGCACACUUGCAGCUAAGUAGCGGGCGGGGGUCGUGAGGAGCAAGUCCGUCCUCACCUGCGCCGACUUUGACGCACUCCGGGACGACACAGGGAAGCGACGCAGAGGCGGCCGUGCAUGGGCCCCGAGCCCCGAGAGUCCCGCGGGAUGGCGUGCGGCGCCUGUUACUACCUAGUGAUCAGCUCCACGCAUCUGAGCAACGGACACUUUCGACGCGUCAAAGGGGUCUUCAGGGGGCCACUGUGCACCACAGGAGUGUGUGAGUCACCGGAGCGUGCCGAGCGAGCGUUGGGAUGCUCUGGGGAGGAUCUGAAGUCUCUUUUCUACUGCGAGUUAUGCGACAAGAAGUACCUGCGCCACCAGGAGUUUGACAACCACAUCAACUCCUACGACCACGCACACAAGCAGAGGCUGAAGGAACUCAAGCAGAGGGAGUUUGCUCGCAACGUGGCUUCUAAGUCAUGGAAGGACCAGCGCAAGCAGGAGAAAGCUCUCAGGCGCCUGCACCAGCGAGCACAGCUGCAGCAGGAGCACCAGCGUGGCCAAGAAAGGACUUAUGAGCUACGGAGUGCUGUCAGGCUAGUUAGCCAGCAGCAAGACAGAAGCAGAGAACACAAAGCCAGCAGCCCUGUGGACAAAUUUGAACCCUUCAAACACACACACAGACACCCAGCCAAACACCCCGGUAGAUCACCAUUGAGCCACCAGCGAGAAAAUCCAUGCUGGCCUCCCUCCCAAACACCACUGGCCACUCCAGUCGAGUCCCCGCUAAUCACUCAUCCAGAGUCCGAUAAAGGUCUUACCGCAGUGAAUCAGCAGCCUCGUGUGGGCUGCCAGCUGCCUCUGGAGGGGCGGGGGCGAGCUGGAGGCAGACGUGGGGUGUCCUUCUGUUUCUCGCGCAGGGGGCCACGGCUGGAGCCAUCGGCCUCUGUUUUCUCUGACCAGGAGGAGGAGGAGCGAGAGAGGCGAGAGAAAAUGAGAGAACGGAUUAAGGGUAUUUUGGAAGACAUAGAAAGGGAAACUGAGAGUAUUGGUCAAUCAAAUUGCACAGAGGGUUCUGAAAUUCUAGAGACUGUGAAGGAUAAUCAGAGCAUUGAUUUAUUAUGUUCACCAUCGCAUGCGGUUAGUGGAUUAGAGAUCAAUCAGACAUCAGGAACAAGUGUUGGUGAACAACUGUCUGUUUUGGGUAAAGAUGGCUCAACCUGUGUGCGAUGGCCUGUCAGUUUGCUGAAGUUCACCAAGUGUGAGCCAUGUAUCUCUUAUAGUUGCAACCCAAACUGCUCAAGGCAAUCUCAAACAACAGAACAACAUGCACAAGAACAGCUAUGUGAUCUCCCGGAUGAAUCAAAUGCAUGCAAGCCUGCUAUUCUUACACCAGACACUCAUUACUGUUUACAAAAAGAGGCAAGCCUAUCACACGAGCUGAGAAAAGCUGAGGAAAAUGUCAAGACAGAAGCACACCCGUUUGUUGAGAACAAAAACCUUUCAUCAUCAGGGGGAGCAUCAGAAGGGUUGUCACGCAUGCUAAGUGUAGAGCAUUGUGUGAGAGCGCCCUCCUAUCCAUUUGACCCCACUCAUCGUGACAGCUCUGACACAAACCCUCCAACUCCACUCGGAGACAGAUUAGCAGGCACAGGAGGGCUCAGGGAGCAGGCCAUCACAGCCCUAACCUGUAAAUCACAGACUGUCACCAAACAUGGCAUUGACCCGCCCGGGUGUGAGAGCGAGACCAUGUGCGAGCAUGUCAGUGAUCCUCAUCCACAAGGAUGUGUUUCACAUAGAAAGACCAAACACAGCACAAAGAAGCCCAAGGUAAGAAAGAGAAAGCCUGGUGAAAAGAGAAAGGCCUCAAAGCGCAAAUCAGUAAGGUGUAAAGUGAGGAGUGUUGUCUCUGCAGUCUCCAAUGUGAGUGCCAGAGAAGAAGAAACUGGAGGGAGUUGGGGAGAGAGAAGAGGAAAACAGGAAAUAGAGGGAAGAGGAGGGAUGAGGAGAGAUGAAUGCUGUCUCUUAGGGAGAGCUGAGGCCGAGCCACUUUAUGUCUCCGUCAAGAAGAGGAGAACUCAUAGGAACAACUGCUUGGCAUCCCAGUUCCUACAAGGCAGGGAGCCAGGGGAACGCACUCGCACCUUUUCCCAGUUUGCAAGACACAUACCUGACACAGAAGAGGAGACAUUUCCCCAGAGAUCUCACUGCUCCUUACACCCUUUCUCACCAGGAUAUAACACAAAGCUGUUUUGGGAAUCGGGUCACCAUAGCAACCCCAGGAGUUUCAUUGACUGCAGUUACCCUGACAACAGCUGUGGUGGCAGCCCGGCGAGAAAGAGAAAACUCCUCCACGGGGACCGGAGAUUCAUUCACAGUAACAGAAGUAGUUUGAGACGCUAUGAUGAGACGGACAAAGGUAGGGAAAGAGGUAGGCACAUAGAUUCCAGAGACAGAAGUUUGCUGUCAGAACAAUGGGAGUGGGUUGGGGAGAAUGUUAGGCUAAAUUCUGGAGGGAGAUGGAGAAACAAGCCUUUAAGAUGGGAGUGUUGGAGUCAAUCUAGCCCAAGUCCAAAGGGCAGGGAGAUGACAAGCAGGAGAACAAGCAUCGAAGACAUGGAUUGGGACAAGUGGACACUGGGAAGCAGUGACAGCUGGGAAGAAAGAAGGACACACAGGUCCACUUCAGCCCCUAGAACUGGUACUGACAGCAGGUGGAGCCCCAGCUAUGCAUCGGGUUCUUCUGGGGUAGGACAUUCCAACUUAAGGUAUAUGACUAGCCCCGAUUGGUGGAUGAGUAAGCGUACACACAGCCCACCAAGGAAGUUUCACACAUUCGAGUCCAGCAGAAGUUAUAGCCCACGGUCCUGUAGCCCGUCCAGUAGGAGUAGCAGUGUUUCUGAGCUCAGUUGGGAUUGGAGCAAGAGCAGCACCUGCUCUGAUGCAACAUGCAAGAGGCUCACAUCCGAAGUGAAAACAGCAAGUGACUUCAAAUCUCAUUCACCCAACCUAACUUUAACUGCUAGAGAAUCUUCAUCAGACCUCAAGGCACGUCACAGAGACAGCACCAGGUCUCAAUAUGAAGGGACCGUGUCACAGUUGGACUGUGAAAAUACAACUUCUGUUACUUUAACCAAAAACACAAGCCAUUCAUGCAAAACUGAUACAGUGCCAGAGAAACCAGUCCGGACAUUACCACUCCCCCUCAUAGGGAAGCUUCCUGCAAUACAGAGAAAGGCCAGAAGGAAAAAAGAAAAGUUAGAGAAGAUUCAGAAGAAGGAUAGCGAUGGGGAGGUGUGUUUGAAAUUGGCUAGUAGACAUAUUCUGGGUUUGGCUGAGUCAAACCAAAGCAGUAUGCCAAAUCUGUGUCCAGGAGAGAUUAGGAGUGAUGACAAGGAGGCAAGUGGAGAAGCUGCUCAGCCAAUCAGCUUUAGUGUAGAGGAGAUGGACAAGUAUCGUGUCUUACAAGAACAGGCAAGAGAGCACAUGCAAAAACUUUUGGAACAGAGUGAAGAGUAUAAAGAUUUGAAUGUGGAGACACACUUAACACCCACCACACAAACAGACUGUUGUGGGACUUCAGAGGAGGCCUACAUCCCGGCACCAUCACUUGAGCUUCCGCAGAAUCCUCACCAGGUGCCAGCAAGUCACAACCUCCAAGAAAGACUAUUGAAGAUGAACCCUCAUGAGGAUUUUUCUCAGCCUGUGGCUUUGGGUCUCCCUAACCUCCCUCCUCUUGCACUAACGCCCCCUUUGGCAAGCCUCCAUCAUUUCAUUUUACGGCACUCGGCCUUCUCCCCAUCUCAUUCCCCUGCAUCACAUCACGCUCUUGAUGUCCAACCAGCUCAGCUCACUCACUCAGUUAGCCACCCACUUUCAGGCCUUCCUCAUUAUCUUCACCCUCUCUCCUCUCUUUUCCCCUCCAUCCUCUUUGCUCACCACACCAUCCCUUUCCUUCCUCCUCCUCCGCCUCCUCCACCAGUGUCCGGCUUCCACGCAAACCCUCUCACGCCUCUUUCCCCACUAGCCCUGCAGCCUCCCAACAAUCUGCGGCCUUUCAUGGACAGAGCAUGGCCAGUGAGGUUCCAACAGAAGGCCUUGUGACACUUGCAGAGGCGCUGCCAUGUUUAUUAAUUUUCCAUGGCAAUAGAGAGCAUGCUAUUGGAAAUAGGGUUGUACCUGGCCUUGUAUGGAAUCAAUUCAAGCUUCUCUCCACGUGCACAGUGAGCCCCCCCCUAUUGACCGUUUUUCAAUUGAAAAUGUGUUUCUCCAUUAAUCCCCUGCCGUGUAGCUGCCCACAGAGAGACAACUGACUUUGAUCAUUUGCUUUCUCGAUCAUUUGAGCUUAUAAAAAAGGGAAAGGUACACCUGCUAUUCAAAGACAAGCUGCGCUUGGUCAUUCAUCCUCUUUGUAUGUGGCAAGCUACCUUUUGAAGUGUAGCCUUCAUGCCCUGACAAAGAGGCACGAAAAAUAGCCUAGCUUCUUUUGCCUUGACUCUAUUUCACACAAGUGGUAAAAGUACGACUUUCAACAAUCAGAAAUGAGUUACUGAACUUCUUUUCAGACAAACUGUAAUAAAGGCAAGCACUACUCUAACUUGUUCAAAUGCGAAUUUAGUAGCAUUUAGUCUUUAAUUCAGGUUAAAAAAAAAAAAAGAAAGAAAGAAAAGAAAAACUAAGACAUAUACUAGUAUACAGUCAAUAUACACACAAAUGCUGUAUUGAAAAGGGGGAAACUACUUUAAACUACUGUUUAUCUAUAUUUGUGCAUUUGAAACGUCAGAUCAAAUUUAUGAAUGUAAAAAAGCCUAAACUGUAAGACAAAAAAAUACUAAAUUCUUGUAAGAAACACAUUGCGCUAUAGCUGUACUGUAUAUGAGCAGCUGGAUUUCAGUAGUGUCACCUGUAGAUGUUUUGUCUUUUUUUUGUACUUUGUAAAUAUUCUGACAGAUUUUGUGUUAAUGUCAGCAAACAAGAUUAAAGCUCAUCCAUAGGUCACUGUCUACUUCAAACACUGUAUAUGGUUUUGGUGGUUGGAUUUUCAUUCUCUUCCAUAUGUAUUUAUGAAAGUUGUUGCAGCAGCAGUCUGAUCUGUACUAAAUUAAAACAUUUAAAAAAGAAAAUCAGUCAUACAAGUUUUUUUUUUCUGUGAUGAUAAUUACUGUUAUGAAGUGUUAGUAAAAGCGCUUGACAAGGCUACACUGUUGGUGUAUAUCUCAGAUGCCUCGGGACAUAAACUGGGUUUUAUUUAUCUCGGGAUAUAUUUUAAGAGAUCUGGCAAAUGGUGAUGGGGGAGGAACACUGAUUGGAUAUCAGUAAACUUCAAAGUGUGCAAAUUCUGCCUCUACUAAAAUAAUAAUCCUCAUUUUUGAUUGACAGCUAGAGAGGUAUCAACUAAACAUUUUUUUUCUUCUAAUUGUUAAAGUCACCUCUUGCAUUUGAUCUCUUAGUUGAAAGUGGAAUAACUAAAGUUAAAUGCCCUGGAUGUUGUACAAUUUCAGAACCAAGAUUUAUUCAUACAACAUGUUUCAUUGAUUCAAUCAGGGGUCGCGUUAACCGAAUAUUUUCCGUCGUUGACCGGUUUUUUAAAACGGUGACGGAAAAAACUGAAGUCCGUCCGUCAUUUUGACAGGUUGCAAUUCACACCCCAGACCACAGGGUGGCGAGUUAGCAUAUUAAUUAGCUAUUGUCUCUCUUAAUGCAUGACGUCGUUGGCUAUUCUGUCAGAAUAUUGUAGCGUCACCGGGGUCUGGCGGCGGCACCGUGAUUGACACAUCAACGCGAGGUUCUUAUUGGUGCACGCGGUGUGCCAGCGCGUCAUCCAAUUGGUGGACAAGAUUGCCGCCUGUGUAUAGACCCCAAUCACAUGACGUCACAACUCUCCCCCCCGACUGGAGCCGCCAUAUUGUGUGUCAGCUCGUCGUGUUUACGCAUUACCGCUACGUACAUGCCUCCUAUUAUGGCGUGUUUUUCUGCUCGUUAACAUUAAUAAUCAAAAUGGUGAAGGCGUGUGUGGCGGUUGGUUGCAGUAACAGAGAAGAUAGACGGAGAGACUUGAAAUUCUACCGUAUUCUGAGAGACCCGAAGAGGAGAGCGAGAUGGACUGCUGUAAUUCGACAAGAAAUCUGGGCACCAAACGAUCACCUCAGACUAUGUAGUAGUCAUUUUAUAUCUGGUAAGAUGCAUUUAAUAUAUAUUUAGAAGAUUUUGGGCUGACAAACACAAUUAAGAUCAUUGUGUGACGUUGUUGAUUGGGGUCUAUAUAGUUGCCUCUUUUUCUUUGGGGGCGGAGUUGUUGUUUUGUUGGUGUUGUUGGCGGUAAGCAGAAUAAAAAGAGGGAGAAAAAUACCGACUUCCGUGUCUAAGCAAGCGUUACAAUAUUAAUUAAAAAUGAAUGAAAACUAAAUACUAUUGAAUAUGUCAUCAUUAUCAUUUUAAAAAUUUAAGUGACGGGUAAAAAUAGAUUAUGACCGGAUUUUUAUGACCCUGUCAGUCAAAAUGACAGACAACGAAAAUGUCUAGCGCAACCUCUGGAUUCAAUGUUAAAAAUUGUUAAGUACUAGCCAUAUCUGCGAUGCCACUCACAGCUUUACAGUCAAGUGAUGUCAUCAUCAUUACCUCGCAGUAUUAACUCUUACCUGGUGGUUUGUUGGCUCCGAUGGUCUGGGAAGAUUCUGGCCAGACCUGGCAGACCCGAACGUAUUGUGAGGGUCUGCUGGGAAUGUCUGGCAGAAUACCCUGUCAGAAAGCGCUUCAACACCCACCUGCGGCAGAACUUCUCCCUUGUCCCGGGGAUGUGGGGGACAUUGAGUUGAAGUGGGCCAUGUUCCGCGCCUCUGUUGUUUAGGCGGCCGAUCGGAAUUGUGGCCGUAAGGUGGUUGGUGCCUGUCGUGGUGGCAAUCCCAGAACCCCCUUUUGGCCCGUGGGACUUUGUAGGCAGCUGACAGGUACCGGCUGGCCAAGCUGAAUACAGCUUCGGCGGUCACCGAAGCAAAAACUCGUGGGAGGAGUUUGAAGAGGCCAUGGAAAGCGACUUCCGGAUGGCUUCGAAUAAAUUCUGGUCCACCAUACAGUUUCAGAGGAGAGGAAAGCAGUACACCAUUAACACUAUGUAUAGUGGAGAUGGGAUACUGCUGACCUCGACUCGGUACGUCGUGAGUCAGUGGGCAGAAUACUUCGGAAACCUCCUCAAAUCCACCGACACACCUUUCUUUGA